AUGCGAUAUAGCCGACUGGCUACAAACGACGACUCGUUAGACGAGUAUACGCCACUGAUGCUCAGCGAUCAACAAGGAGUAAGUGGGACAUCGCCUCAACAUCAUCAUUUGAAUACAGCUGAUAACGCUCAUUUGCUUCCAAUUCUGUGUCCGUCAGUGCAGAGCAGUGUUGGAGGCGGAAGCAGCUUUGGGUCAAACCGGUCCGGAUUCUUUAAUAUGUUACAGUAAGUUAAUUUUAUAAACAAGUACAUGAAACUGAAAUUAUAAUUUGGGUUGCUGUUUUCGAGUCGGGCCGACGUUCGAGUCAUUUUUUUCGCGCCUCAUUUUUAUCGGACCGGACCGACCGAGUCUUUUUCGGGCUUCAUUUUUAUCGAGUCGGGCAUCGAGUUUUUUUCGGGCCAAUAUUUCGGACCGGACCGGGCCGGCAACCCUAAUUAAAUAUGAAAAAUGGGGGGAGUGCGUGGGUGAGAGUUGUCGUUUGAUAGGUAUAUUUUCUGAUUAUUCCAAUUUACUUUUCUUAUUCCUUUCUUUUAAUUUGAUUAUUUCAUUUCGUUUUAUCACUUGGACACACUUAAUUGAUCUAACAUAUGAAUC